AGGAUUAGAUAGAUGCAAACGAAACCUUCCAAUACCAAACAUAGAGUAGAAGUUGACCUUCAAAAGAAAUUGGGAGAACGAAAUCACAAGUGUCCCACUUUGGAAAGAGAAUACAAACCCAUUGCAGUUCCUUUAAAAAAUGAACUGAAGCUCCGAGGUUUGAUCAGAAACGACACAACAGGGAUGAGUGCCAACAAACUGGCAUCUUCCACGCAUUUCCACCCAAUUCCAUUGUUAGUAAGAAACUCUCUUCAAGGGGUAAACAGCUCCACCACUAUCCAGCCACACCCACCUUUCAAACCAAAAGGACCCUCCAUUUGGGCCACAAAUCUCAUCAAAUCAUACUUCGACAAAGGCCUAACCAAAGAAGCUCGCAACCUGUUCGAUGAAAUGCCUGAAAGAGAUGUGGUUGCCUGGACUACCCUGAUUGUUGGGUUUACUUCUUGCAAUCACUAUGCCCAAGCGUGGGCUGUGUUCUGCGAGAUGAUGAGGAGUGAAAUUGAGCCAAAUGCCUUCACUAUGUCCAGUGUUCUUAAAGCUUCCAAAGGUAUGGAGGCUCUUUCAUGUGGGGCUUUGGCUCAUGGGUUGGCGACUAAGCUUGGUAUCGACAGGUCAAUGUACGUUGGGAAUGCGCUCUUGGACAUGUAUGCUACUUGUGCUACCAUGGAUGACGCAUUGACUGUGUUUAAUGAUAUUCCUCUGAAGACUGCUGUGUCAUGGACUACUUUGAUUGCAGCGUUCACUCAUAGAGGUGAUGGUUAUAGUGGGCUUCAAGUCUUCAGGCAAAUGUUGCUGGAAGAUGUUGAACCAAACUCAUUUAGCUUUUCCAUUGCGGUUAGAGCUUGUGCUUCGAUUGGUUCGUCUUCGUAUGGAAAGCAAAUACAUGCAGCAGUCACCAAAUACGGUCUCCACUCUGAUGUUCCAGUAAUGAACUCCAUACUUGACAUGUAUUGCAGGUGUAACUGUUUAUGCGAUGCAAAAAGAUGCUUUGGUGAAAUGACUGUAAAGAAUUUGAUAACAUGGAACACCUUGAUAGCAGGGUACGAAAGGUCAGAUUCCAGCGAGUCUCUACGUUUGUUUUCGCACAUGGGGUGCGAAGGUUACGAACCGAACUGUUUUACAUUCACAAGUGUUACAGCUGCUUGUGCCAAUUUAGCAGUCUUAAGCUGUGGACAGCAGGUUCAUGGCGGAAUUGUUCGCAGAGGAUUUGACAAGAGUGUGGCAUUGAUCAAUGCACUUAUCGAUAUGUACGCAAAGUGUGGAAAUGUAAAUGACUCACACAAACUCUUCAGUGAUAUGACUCAAAGAGACUUGGUUUCGUGGACUACCAUGAUGAUUGGGUAUGGAGCACAUGGGUAUGGAAAAGAGGCCAUUAAGUUGUUCGACGAAAUGGUUCGAAGCAGAAUUCGACCUGAUCGGAUAGUGUUCAUGGCAGUUCUAAGUGCUUGUAGCCAUGCUGGACUUGUGGAUAAGGGACUAAUAUAUUUCAGAUCAAUGCUGGAGGAUUACAGACUUAACCCCGAUCAAGAGAUCUACGGGUGUGUUGUGGACUUGCUUGGUCGCGCUGGGAGAGUUGAGGAAGCUUUUCAACUUGCCGAGAGCAUGCCAUUCGAACCUGACGAGUCUGUUUGGGGUGCCCUCUUGGGAGCUUGUAAAGAAUAUGAACUUUCAAAUCUAGGAAACUUGGCAGCUCAGAGAGUACUGGAUAUGAGGCCAAAUAUGGCGGGGACGUAUCUGUUGCUGUCGAAUAUAUAUGCAGCUGAAGGCAAAUGGAACGAGUUCGCCAAAAUGAGGAAGCUGAUGAAAGGGAUGGACAACAAGAAAGAAGUGGGUAAGAGUUGGAUUGAAAUUAGAAAUGAAGUUUAUAGUUUUGUGGUUGGAGAUAAGAUGGGCCCUCACAUAGAGUGGGUGCAUAAAGUUCUGGAAUUACUGAUUUGGCAUAUGAAAGAUGAUGGGGAUGUGACAGAUUUGAAAUACUUAGUUGAAUAUCUAGAAGGGACUUGAUUCAGAACAUGAACGAUGGGAAAAGGCCACAUGAAACAAAGAGGGGAGUUCUGGAAUAUCAUCUGCUCCCUUUUCCAAAAACAUCAUUGUUGAUGCGAUCAAAACAAGAAGACGAAAAUAAUAUUAUCAACCAAUGAGAGAACCCUCCUCAUAGAAGUAAAUUUCUGUGCAAAUUCAGUAUAGAGGAGGAGACGAAACCGUGCCACCGAUACUAGAAAGAGGUUCAUAAUGACGGGGCGAUAUCCUUUUAUGUUGAGAACAUCUCAACUUGCAGAGAUGGAGAUGAUGCAAGCCAACAUAAUGAUAAUGCUGAUGGCACCUUGCUCUCCUUAUAGAGAUCCUCAAAGGUACAAAUGCCCUUUCAUACAAUACAAUACAAUUCCAAUGAAUGCACUUAUGAGCUGAACCCAGCAUGAAGGAACGUGUUCUUCUUCUUCUUUCUUAUUUAUUUAUUUAUUUUUGCUGUACGAUCAAUAUAAUACCAGCAAG